CCCCAGAUUCCAAGCUGAAUUUCCCUAGCUGACGUCAGCUGACUGUCUUGGCUGUACUAGCCGCUCCGGACAUAGUGCUGUAAAAAUGCUGCUCUCUGUGCCGCCAAGGACAGGAAUCAACCCAUAUAACGACUAUACCAGCAGAACCAGUAAAAAGCCGACGUAUGUGUCCUCCAAUCAACAGAUGGCGCCACCCAGUCCCAGCACCACCGCCACCACCACCAGCAGUAGCAGCAGUAAUGGGUGCAGCAGCUUCGCUGACCAGCUGAGCAAAACCAACCUCUACAUCCGCGGCCUUCACCCUGGGACCACAGACCAGGAUCUCGUCAAACUCUGUCAACCGUAUGGCAAGAUUGUGUCAACAAAGGCCAUUAUGGACAAGACCACCAACAAGUGUAAAGGUUAUGGCUUUGUGGAUUUUGACAGUCCAGCAUCGGCACAGAAAGCGGUGACUGCACUGAAAGCUAGUGGGGUCCAGGCUCAGAUGGCCAAGCAACAGGAGCAGGAUCCCACCAACCUGUACAUCUCCAACCUGCCAAUGUCUAUGGAUGAGCAGGAGCUGGAGAGCAUGCUGAAGCCCUUCAGCCAGGUCAUCUCCACCCGCAUCCUCCGAGAUGCCAGUGGCACCAGCCGUGGCGUUGGCUUUGCCAGGAUGGAGUCAACAGAGAAAUGUGAGACCAUCAUUCAACAUUUUAAUGGCAAAUAUAUAAAGACUCCUCCUGGCGUACCAGUGCCCACGGAGCCCCUGCUGUGUAAGUUUGCGGACGGAGGACAGAAGAAGCGACAGAGUCAGGGGAGGUACCAGCAGAAUGGACGCCCCUGGACGAGGGAAGGGGAGACGGGAGGAAUGACGUUGACCUAUGACCCCACCCCAGCCUUACAGAAUGGGUUCUACACAUCUCCCUACAGCAUGGCGCCCAACCGAAUGAUCGCGCAGACCUCCAUCUCACCAUACAUGCAUUCUCCUCUAUCCACCUAUCAGGUACACAGUCCAUCCUGGAUCCAUCCUCAGUCAUACCUCAUGCAGCCCAAUGGACACCUGACACCUACCAUGGAGCACCCCAUGUCCAUCCAGCCUACCUCCAUGAUGGGCCCCCUCGCGCAGCAGCUCAGCCACCUAUCUAUGGGCAACGCUGGCACGUAUAUGUCUGCCAACACAGCUAUGCAAGGGACCUACAUCCCCCAGUACACUCAAGUGCCUCCCUCCAGCGUCUCAGUAGAGGUGAGAAACGACGGAAAGAAACAGUGGGGAGAGUGUUGGGGAGCAGAUGCUUAUUCCUGGGGUGACACGUGCUUCUUUCUCCCGCAGGAAAACAACGUUCCACAACAGCAGGUCGCCAUAGAGACCCCGACAGAACACACCACCUACUCCUACCAGCACAGCAAAUGAGGAGGAGUGUGAAUCCUGCGGAGGUCCACCGGGUGCAGGCGAGUGUUUCUCUCUGGGACAAGGACAUGGGCUACCUGAAGCUAAGUGCUGAAAGGCUCUCAAUCCUACACGGACAAACACAGAUGUUGAAGACAAGAACUGAGGUUUUUUUUCUAAAAAAAAGAAGACGAAAGACCAAAAAAAAAAGAACAACAACCACAAAAAAAAAAAAAAAAAAAAACACCAAAAAGGAGAGACAUUUUCCAAACAUCUUUUUUUGUUCCCUCUGGGCAGCAGGAUAGCCCUGUGUGGAGGACUGCUUGCACAGAGUGUCGAAACUGCUGCAUUUAAGAAGAGACUCGAAAGCUAAAGAAAUGAACGAAACUGGCUAAGAAAAUAUCAAAGUCAACACACGCGUACACACUUACUAUCAGACUCACAAACAAGCAUAGACAGGGACUGAUGGAAACUGACCCCCAAACACACACUGACACGAAGGCAACACAAACACAUAGAGAAAAGUUAUUUUUCUGCACGUAACACAACAAAUUCUUUUUUUAGUCCAGAGUUAAAUGAGAAAAUUGAGGCUACAACACCACGUGUCGUUUUAGAAAUUUAGUAUGAUUUAUUUGUUCUUCUCUUUUUGAAGUGUCAUUUUGAAUUCUUAAGCUGUUAGCUACAGUGAAAGCAUUUUUGUACAGGUCAAUAGGUCAUCCAGCAAUGAAUAUGUCCUUUUUUUGCAAUGAUGUGGCUUUAUUUUUUAACUAAUUAAAAGGUUUUAUGUGAAAAGAUGAACAAACUGCUUAAAGCUACCUUGUUCUGAUGACAUCAAAGCGGUGUUUUCUCAAAAUUGUUAAGUUCUCAAAGAAUUGUGAACAUAGGUAAUUCAGGCAGUGAUUAAGCCUACCAUAGGUACAAAAUAUAUUUCGCUGGUCUGUAAAGUUUCAGCAGCACACAUAGCCAAAUCGGGAUUAACUUAAAUCAGAAGUUAAAUGCUCAAGAAACUUGUCUGAGGAUUUUAGGCAUUUUAUAUCAUCUGACUGAAAAAACGAAAAUUAAAUUUCUGUUGGAGGCCAGAAAACUACAUGUAAUGCCUGCAUAUUCUCUGGUGGUGCUAUUUUUUCUGGUGGGACAAGUCUGCCCCCUGUCUUCACCUCCAUACUCUGAGAGUCCAUGUCAUUCGAUAAACACCCCUCCCAUGCAAAGUAGCUUUAAGCAGUUCUGAUGGAUGGUUUAGGAAUAAACUGUCCAAUACCUCA